UAUGCCUCCCCAAUGUCCUGCCUAGAGGAGCCUGCUGCUAUUUGAGUACGCCAACAAAUUCUCCAUUUCUCAUUAUCCAUCCCACCCCCAAAACAAGCCAUUCCAACCUAUAUAUAUAUAGAUAGCAAUUCAUGGAAAUCAAAAUCAGGCAACCAAGAAUACAAAUUCAACAAUCUUGGAAAAAAAAAAGGAUUUUUCGCAUAAACCAGUUUGCAAAAUGAGGACUAAAGUAUAUGAUGCUGCUUCUGCUCCUGCAUUCGACAAGAAUUAUAAGAGGAGAAGGCCAAUUCCAAAGAGAGGGCAAAUCAUAAUGAGAAUAGCAGCAAAGGCAUUUCAAUCACUGGUUCAUGUUAUUUCGACAUCUUCAGUUUAUUCGCCAAGGAAAUCAUAGUUAUCAUGGCAUUAUAUGAAGUCCAUGUACCACUUUUCCUUAUCUUUUUUAUGUAAAUCAAAUUAUUUGGGGAUUGAUUUCGUUAUGAAUGAAUCUUUAUGAAGCAAUUGUUUUGGCCUCACUUAACAAAUAAAUAUGACUCCUCUCUAACAACUUAAGUUUUCAAAUAAAGUGUUCGACUAAUAAAUAGCUAAAAAGUUUAAACCAUUUUGUGGAUUGAUUCAUAUACGGGACUACCUCGAUUUCCACAAGAAAUAACUGUUUAUAUACUAUUGAGUACCAAGAAUCAAUGUUAGGAGUAGUAGUCAAGGAAGAAAUAUGAGGCUUUAUAACUAAAAAGGUUAGACAACAUGAAGUAAUGCCUUUUCCUUAUGCCAAGAUUACCAUAUUCCUCAACUUCCUAUAUGAUCUGUGACUUGAAAUUAUAUGAUCCAAAAUCUUACUGUAAGCCCUUUGCAAUGGCUUCUAGCGCCACAUUUCCUUGGGUUGUUACUUGUCUACGGACCAAAACAGUGGCAAGGCACGCCCCUGGUGCCAUGCCUCUGAAAAGAACAUGUCACUUUGAUCAGGCGGAAAUUAAAAAGCCACAACUGAUAUUCACAACGAAGGAGAUCAAACGGAAACCAGUAAAAUUAUUUGCAGCAUCGUCCAGUGAUUCAGAUAUCGAUAUAAGUUUUGUUUCUUCAGCUCAAAUAAUUAUGCAAUUUCACUCUGCUAUCAAUGAGAAGAAUCUGAAACAACUCUAUAGGUUAAUAGCUAACGACUGUUGCUAUGAGGACUACUCAUUCCCUACACCAUUUCAGGGGAAAAAGGAGGCCCUGCGUUUUCUAGAUCAGCUAAUUGCCUGCAUGGGUCGGAAUAUGAAGUUCAAUAUAGAACAUAUUUGGCAAGGGGAUGACUCUACGGCUGGAGCAAAUUGGCACUUGGAAUGGAAUAAAAUACCGGUCCCUUUCACCAGAGGGUGCAGCUAUUACAAACUAUCAAGAGAUGGAGAUAGACUAGUCAUCAAAGAAGCUCGAGUUCUUGUAGAGUCACCUACCAAACUAGGAGGUGUAGGACUGAGCCUGUUCAAGAUGGUGACUUUACUAUUUGAUGCAUUCCCAGCGGCUACAGAUUGGUUCUUGAAGAGUCCCGAUGCCAUCUUUCAGCUGUUACUAAAGAGUUACAAGAUAGCUGUAGAGCCCAUUAUAAGCCAGCUUCUGGCAUGGUACAUCAGACUAUUGAACUUCACAGCUCUCGUUCUUGCCUUCACACUACAGCACAUUGCAAAGAUCUUCAACAUGUAAAGGGCAGUUUUUAUUGUAGUCAUAAUUUCAAAAUUUGCAUUUGAUACAUUUAUCUAAUCUUUUAUGUUUUCUACAAGUAAAGGAUAUAGACCAAGUUUAUUCGUCAA